AGAAGGCACCAAUAAGCUGGCACACUCUUCUUUUGUUACCUUGCCAUAUACAUUUUCUCGCCACUCACCAGCACUACAUCCAUUUCAUUCGACAAAUUGUUCGCGUUGUGGAAAGUUGGAGCUGUAAAAGCAGCAGAAAAAGGGGAGGUGCAACAACAUCGGUAAAUCCGUUUAUUUUUUCUUUCGUUUCGUUCCUGUAUUGUUUUAUACGUCUUCCAUCGCAUGACUCGCCGCCACGUGACAGAGUUCGUUUGUUUUACCUGACCGACGAGGAAGGACAAGAAACGGAAGGACAGCGGUAAAGGUAAAGAAGGAUCGUGAACGACACACCACAUUGGCGAGCUACUAUCCAUCGCCUACUCCUACACAAUAACAGACAGUUAUAUAUAAGUAUCGUUUCGAUUCGUGUUGGAGUGAAAAUCAAUAACACCUGCUAUUGGAAAAUUCAUUGAAUCACUUGUUGCUAAAUCGGUUGCUGAAACGCGGUUUGAUCCGAACGUGCUACGGAUCAUCUGGCAGUCAUGUCACAGAUAAGCCGUGCGGUGAAGAAUCUAGAACCGCCGCGUCCGCUUAAAGCCACACUGAAACAAUUGCACGGCCAUGUUCCCGUCUACGAGGUUCAAUCGAUUGAAGAACUCAUCACAUUGACCGAAAAUGUUGCAGCCAGUUUGAACAGUGGUUGCAACAGCGCGGACGGCAUGAACGCACUUCUAGCGAACCUACGACUAUACGGACCGCAGCUGGAGAAUGUGUCCAAGGAUACCCUGGAUCGGGCGUUCGUUAUUUUCCGGAAUGCUUCCCAAGAUGAACGGUUGAAUAUUAUGACUAGGCUUAAUCUGCUGGAACUGAUUGAGUUGCGGGCCAAGUCGUGGCAAGUGUCUGACGGUAUCAAUACCUACUACAAACACAAGGCUACGAAUGUGGAGCCUGACGUUGUCGGUGAUUCUUCGUUGUUAAGCACCUCCCCUCCUGGAUUGUCUCUCGGACAGCAGAUGAUCCCGUCGUUGUCUCCCGGUGAACUAAUUCGUACCUCGGGCAAGUUUCCGAAGCCGACUAAAAUCCCCGGAAAGACCUACUGCAAGGACGAGAUUGUCAUUCGCAACGCUGAUUCUGGAAAAGUAAUGGGAAUCAAGGGACGUAGAGUUCACAUGAUUGAGGAAUUAAGCGAAACUGUUAUAUCGUUCCAAAGAGUUAAUCCAGGUGCAAAGGAACGUCUUGUUCAAAUAACCGGUCCCAACGAGGAAAAAAUCAACUACGCGAAACAGUUGAUCGAAGACACGAUCCGCCGUAAUGCAUCUCCGGUGCGUCUGGAAACCUCUCAGGAUGGCUCGUGCAGCUCGCUGGCAUCAUCAGCAUCGGAUGAAAUGCUUCCGAGACGACCAAUAUCGGACGGUCCCAGUUCCUUGCCCGGUAAUCCAGUCGCUCAGCGUGGUUCCGCUAUGAUGGGUAAUCCGAACGGUUUUCAGCAAUCGCAGGGGCCCCAAUCUGGAGCAGGAUUGAAUCUGAAUUUGACCAAUACCAACAAUGGCAACAUGUAUCAGCAGCAGCAACAACAACAAGCGGCACAAUAUACUCACCCGAAAUUAGCUAGAAAUGGAUCCCAGAACCAAGGCCAACAAUCGGGACUGUUACUGCACAGUCUGUCCACCAACGACGCCUCUCUGGGCGAAUACAAAUAUACGGUUAAUGUCGGCAGGCACAGCGUCAAGAUCACAGGAGAAUGUUUCGACUUAGUGAGGGUUGCAAAACUUGUGCUAGAUGAUUACUUUAGCAGCAAUGAGUUCUUGGCCGCAGUGGAAAUGGGUUUCGAUAUGCCUAGCUCGCUGGCCUCCCCGGUAACGCCAAUGCCGGGUCAGCAUCAGCUAAUAACCGGUUCACCGUUUGUCGACAGUGGAGUCGGACUGGACGCUAUGGUCAUGGGAGGGAACUGCAUCGAAGUGGACGAUGAUGUGUUUAUUGUUGAUCCACCGACGCUGGUUGGCGCCAGCAGCGGACUGAAAUCGGGCGAUAGUUCUAGUUCGUCCAACUCGACACUGGUCAGCACGUCCGCGUCCGUUAACAACGGGCUUAGUCGAUCCAGGAGAAGUCAUUUUUCGCGCAAGGAUAGCGCACCGGACGGCAUUAAGGAUGGCAGUGCGGCUGCACCUGUUUCGAUAGACGAUUCUACUCCAGUGAGAAUCGUCCACGAAUUCGAACGUUUGCUCUACUACUCCAAAUCUCCCCACUCAUGGGCUUUGCCACGUGACUGGUUGAAGAUCUGCGAUAAACACCCGUAUCUAGUACGGAACAAGGACAUCGAUGACGACAAAAGCCGCUUCAAUGGUGACAUGUUUUUGGAACAGAAAAAACAAACAACUUUUGAAGGUGGAGUGAAUCUGGUUGAGCCAGAAUCCACCGAAGGCGAUCGAAAAAGUGAUGCAGCGUGCAACCAAGGAAGUGUGACCUCUGCUACAACGACGACGACGACAACAAAUUCUGCUUUGCAAGCAGCUGAAGAGGUUGAAAAGGCUGCUUCUACGACGACAACCGAAACGUCAAAGCAGCAGGAUGUUAAUUGAUAUGAUUUGUUCGUUAAUUGAUAUGAUUUGUUCGUCCUCGGAUAGGCUGACGCGGAACAUAAUUUACACUAUUCUGAUUAUCAAUAUAUUUUAACCGAUAAUUGUAGUAGUUUGUAGUAUAUGGAAAACGCAACCAGUUCUUAACUAAUAUCCUCAUUGCAGAUCGAUGAACUAAGGUUAGUCAUAGCCCUUAAGCUUAAGUUGAUCGUCGUACUGGCUUAAACCUGAAUUAGCUUCACCAAAAAAUUGACUUGAGGUAAUUUCGAAACUAUUUUGAAAUUUCAUUCUGUUCAUUUCACUCUGUAGCAUGAGAUUAACACAACUCGAACGUACUCCUAUAGCAACAACAAAAAACCAGAAGCUACAGCUUCAACGAAUGAUCCCAUUGAUCCCAAAAAAAAUCUCUCUUAGAAAUAAUAAUCAUUUACGUAAUCAUUUUUGUUUCCCUAAACAUCUAAAACAUCUAAGAAAAAUCAUCACUUGGAAAGUAAACCAACGCAAAAAUGCUGUGUAUUAAUCAUCUAGUCUUGCUAAGAACAAAACAACAAUCUUUCUUCUGAAAACAAAAGUUUACCGUCAAACAGAUUUCACAAAAAAUUCGAUCUUCGCAACAGAAAAAGUCUUGCGACUCCCAAUUUCCAAUUUGUUGUAAAUCUGCCGUUGAUUUUGUUUCUUAACAAUUGUUGAAAUGUUUUUUAUUUUCUAUUUAUUUAUCCUCUUCUAUAUUAAUACGAAGAUCUAUGUUAUUUAAUUUUGUUCUCUAUUUUAUAUAAAGUAUUUAUGAAGUCUCAAAGGCAGUAAUUUUUUUUUUAUUUUUUUAGUUAGGCUUUUAGGAAAAAAUCAGCAGUGAAUGUGAAAUUCUAUAUUUAUUUUUAUUUUUGGACUGAAUAACCUGAUAGUUGACGAUUAAAAAUAUCGCCCUGCUUUGAACAAGCUGUUUCCCAUGGUCUGGCAUAGGCUUUGGAAAGAUAUGCAUGUUAAUUAUUUAUCGUUUAGUUUAAGACAGUUAACAAUAAAAAAACAUGUGGUCAAAAAAGCAAUCUUUAAUCAACAUUAUCAAACCAAGCCUCGAUAGUUGUUCUUUUACCAAACUAAGAAUAUAACAAAAAUGAUGAAACAGAAGUGAAACAACUGAGUCUAACACGGCGUGCCUCUGAUCGCCCCGAAGGUGUUUUCGAUAAUAAGAAAUACUAAUAAAAACUUAUUUUUGUAGAAAA